GCGCGGGCGGCAGCUGGUCGCGUUCCUCCGCCCGCGCUCGUCGGGCUGCUCCCCCUCGCUUGUGCUGUUGGUACGGCCCGCGCCGCCUUCUCCCCAAGCUAGGGUGGCUAACCCCCCCCCCCCCCCCCCAUAUCUCGGGUCGGCGGCUCACGGUGCCGCCCUGGAGAACCAGGUCAUCGGCCGGUUCCCUUGAAAACAAAACAGUCGGCGGUGCUGCCGCGCGUAUCCGAACGCGGCCAGCGGGGACCAGAGACGCAGGGUCGGGUGGGGCAGAAAGACGGGGCGUCUGCGACGCGUCUGAGGCCGUGCGCCAUGGGGCAAGCAGGCACGGGCAGUGCGGGGUUUCCCCGGCGCCGGGGGUAGAGUGCCCGCCGCCUCAGCAGCUCCCGCCGCCCGCCUGGGGGACAAGGAGGAGGACGCGGCCUCGGCCGGGCCCGGCCCGAACGUCUGCGGACACCCGGGCGCCGGGACGCCGAGCGCCGCCGCCGCCUCCGAAAUGGAUCAGUGCGUGACGGUGGAGCGCGAGCUGGAGAAGGUGCUGCACAAGUUCUCGGGCUACGGGCAGCUGUGUGAGCGCGGCCUGGAGGAGCUCAUUGACUACACUGGCGGCCUCAAGCACGAGAUCCUGCAGAGCCACGGUCAAGAUGCCGAGUUGUCAGGGACGCUUUCACUUGUUUUGACACAGUGCUGUAAAAGAAUCAAGGACACUGUUCAGAAAUUGGCCUCAGAUCACAAAGACAUCCACAGCAGUGUUUCUCGGGUGGGAAAAGCCAUUGAUAAGAAUUUUGAUUCUGACAUAAGCAGUGUGGGAAUAGAUGGCUGCUGGCAGGCAGACAGCCAGAGGCUGCUCAAUGAGGUGAUGGUGGAGCACUUCUUUCGACAAGGAAUGCUGGAUGUAGCCGAGGAGCUCUGCCAGGAAUCUGGUCUUUCUGUAGACCCCAGUCAGAAAGAACCAUUUGUGGAGUUAAAUCGAAUAUUAGAAGCAUUAAAAGUCAGAGUUUUGAGACCUGCUCUGGAGUGGGCAGUAUCAAACCGAGAAAUGCUUAUAGCCCAAAACAGCUCCUUGGAAUUUAAGCUACAUAGACUGUAUUUUAUUAGCUUGCUAAUGGGUGGAACUACAAAUCAGCGGGAAGCAUUGCAAUAUGCUAAAAAUUUUCAGCCAUUUGCCCUAAAUCAUCAAAAAGACAUUCAGGUUUUGAUGGGAAGCCUCGUGUACCUGAGACAAGGGAUUGAGAACUCACCAUAUGUUCACCUGCUUGAUGCAAACCAGUGGGCUGACAUUUGUGACAUCUUUACACGGGAUGCCUGUGCCCUCCUAGGGCUUUCCGUGGAAUCCCCUCUCAGUGUCAGUUUCUCAGCAGGUUGCGUGGCACUGCCAGCUUUAAUUAACAUUAAGGCUGUGAUUGAACAGAGGCAGUGCACUGGAGUUUGGAACCAGAAAGAUGAAUUACCCAUCGAAGUGGACCUUGGUAAAAAGUGCUGGUAUCACUCUAUAUUUGCCUGUCCCAUUCUUCGUCAGCAAACAACAGAUAACAAUCCACCCAUGAAAUUGGUCUGUGGUCAUAUUAUAUCAAGAGACGCCCUGAACAAAAUGUUUAAUGGUAGCAAAUUAAAAUGUCCAUAUUGUCCCAUGGAACAAAGUCCAGGAGACGCCAAACAGAUAUUUUUCUGAAGAAAUAAUUUUAGUUUGCAAUUUGUAAGUGAAACUGAGUUGUGGGUGCAUUUCAGAAGAGAAUGUUCCAUUUAAUGCAGCUAACCAAGGACUCCCGUGUUUAUAUAAGCUAAUGCUCCAGAGACGUUGCCAACACGUUAGUGUACAUACACACUGAGGGAGUGUUCCAGAUAAAUAUGAUCAUAGGGCUCUAUUAUAUUCUUGAUCUUCAUUUCUGAUCAAGUAAAUACACCAGCAGUUGUCAUUCAAUGCAGGUUUUUGUACUUAAUUAUAUGGUAAUUUUUUUACUUUUUAAGAGCAGAAACGGAAAUUGACCCCCCUGCCAUGUGAUUAGUAUUUUUCCUGCUUUUACUUUUGUCAUUUUCUUGAUAUUUGUGAGCUCUGAGAAUGUUUGUGAAAAGGUUUUAUUUCCUGUUAUGUGUAUAUAAUUAAAUGAAAAUUCUUCAGAAAAAGUUUGAAAAAUUGAAUUGUGGUUAUAAAACUUUUUUUUUCUUUUUUGCUUAAGGAAGAAAGUUGUGAUAGAUUCUGAGUUUGCUUUUUGAUCUUUUUCUCUGCUCCAGUUCUCACUGAAAAGUCAGCAGACCUGCAUUUGAGCUUUGCUGGUGGCCUGGCUGCCUAUUUUUUAAAUUCCAUCAUGAAUUUAGCAGGUUGGUGUGAGAAGUCUUCCGCUGGAAUAGAGUGGAAGGAGCGCUGUUGUUUCUUUGCUUUUAUUGCCAAGAGGUGCUUAUUUUAAAAGUGUGUUCAAUAAAAUGAAAUUCUGAAGUUAGAAGUGUUCUUAAGUUAAUAUUUGCUCUCUUGGUCUUAGUAGCCCUGUUCGCUGAAAUUUGCCUUUAGGACUUGGCUGUCUAUUGCAUUUGUAUAUCUUUGCAGACACAGUAUUGUGUGUGUGUGUGUGUGCACCAGCAUCAAACAUUGUGCAUCUGGAAGGGAAGAAGCAUGUUCCAGUUCUAAAAUGCAGUAAUCAGUCAUUACUUUAAAUCCUUACAGUUAGAAUCUAGCAGAUUUUCUGUAGCACAGAAUAUGUUUCUUGCUGUUUCUGUAUUUGAGUAGUAUGAUGUCCAACACCUGCUGCAGCGUGUGUCAGCUCCCGGACUCGGAGUCUCUGUGUUAUUCUUACAGAGGCACAAUGAUCUUUUCUCUCGCGAGGCAUCUUCAUGUAAUGCACUAUCCAGAAAUAGCCAUGUGUAAGAGUCUUUCUCUGUAUGAAGAACUACAUGGAAAAGACUUUUGUGGACAUAAUUUUGACUUAAAACUCUUUAAGUACAUCAUUGUAAGAAGAAUGUUAUAUGGAGAUCACCAAAUAUUU